ACCGCGGGAUCAGUUUGGGAAAUAAUGAUUCGAUGUCUUUCGAUUAAUGUUCGUGGACAUAUUUCACUUCUGAAAUACUACGCGAGGGUAUCAGUGUUCAACUAAACUGAAUUGGGACUAUGAUUUCAAGGACCGGAAUGUCUCUUGCGUGUUCUUCCUUACCCACGAAAACAUCUCAUUGCGCUUUGGUUCGCAAGAAAACGAUAUUGCCGCUUGGAUCGUGUAUUUGACCGUCCAUCCGUCCAUGGAAGAAGUCAGAACAGUGGGAAAUCGACCACAUACCUAAAGAGGAAUGAUUUGGCCCUUUGUAAAAUCCCUGACAAUCUUAUUUGCUUGUUUCUUAGAGCCCAACGUCGUCAGAGUAACAGGUGGAGUAACAAAGGAGCAUGACUCCAGAACCUCAGGCUCCUCACAGACCAUGUCUCCCUCUGAUUUCCUCGACAAAUUAAUGGGCAAAACAUCUGGCUAUGAUGCACGAAUAAGGCCAAAUUUCAAAGGUCCUCCUGUAAACGUUACUUGCAACAUUUUUAUCAACAGUUUUGGCUCGGUCACGGAAACAACCAUGGACUACAGGGUGAACAUCUUUCUGCGGCAGAAGUGGAACGACCCGCGGCUGGCCUACAGCGAGUACCCCGAUGACUCCCUGGACCUGGACCCCUCCAUGCUCGACUCCAUCUGGAAGCCCGACCUGUUCUUCGCCAAUGAGAAGGGCGCCAACUUCCACGACGUCACCACCGACAACAAGCUGCUGAGGAUCUUCAAGGACGGCAAUGUGCUCUACAGCAUCAGGUUGACUCUCAUUUUGUCCUGCCCCAUGGAUUUAAAGAACUUUCCCAUGGAUGCACAGACUUGUACAAUGCAAUUGGAGAGCUUUGGAUACACUAUGAAUGAUCUGAUCUUUGAGUGGCUGGAUGAGGGUCCAGUGCAAGUGUCUGAAGGACUGACCUUGCCACAGUUCAUCAUGAGGGACGAAAAGGAUCUGGGCUACUGCACCAAACACUAUAACACAGGUAAAUUCACCUGCAUUGAGGUGAAGUUCCACCUGGAGCGGCAGAUGGGCUACUACCUGAUCCAGAUGUACAUCCCCAGCCUGCUCAUCGUCAUCCUGUCCUGGGUGUCGUUCUGGAUCAACAUGGACGCCGCGCCUGCCCGAGUGGCACUGGGCAUCACCACAGUCCUCACCAUGACGACGCAGAGUUCAGGUUCGCGUGCCUCUCUGCCAAAGGUUUCCUAUGUCAAAGCCAUUGACAUCUGGAUGGCCGUGUGUCUGCUGUUUGUGUUCGCCGCUCUCCUGGAGUACGCUGGAGUCAACUUUGUCUCUAGGCAACAGCGGGAGUUCCUCCGCCUGAGACGGAGACAGAGACGACAGGAGAAGGACGAGGACAUGAGGGAGGGCCGUUUCAAUUACGCGGGGUACGGAGUGGGCCCGUGCGUGCAGGCGAAAGACGGCGCGGCCGUUAAGCCCGCUGCUGCGCCAAACCCUGUCCCCCCGACACCAACCGCCAAAGACACGGACUUGCUGAAGAGGAAGUUUGUUGACAGGGCGAAGAGGAUCGACACAAUAUCCCGAGCUGUCUUUCCUUUGGCUUUCCUCAUUUUCAACAUCGUCUACUGGAUUACCUACAAAAUCAUCAGGCAUGAGGACAUUCACAAAGACUAA